AUGGAGUUCAAUGCUGUAACUGCCGAAGAUUGGUCGAAGUCUGUCAGAAAAGUCUUCCCCGCCGUCGUUGUCCUCCGAACAACCGCUACUCGUACUUUCGAUAGCUAUUCUGCUUCUGUCGGCUCUGCUACCGGCUUUGUCGUCGACAAACGCCGCGGUUUUAUUCUCACCAAUCGCCAUGUCGUCCGUCCUGGACCUGUUGUUGCUGACGCCAGGUUUUCGAGCGGUGAAGAGGUUCCCGUUCAUCCUAUUUACAGAGAUCCAGUACAUGAUUUUGGGUUCUUUCGGUAUGAUCCUAGUGCUAUAAAAUUUCUAAACUAUGAAGAGAUACCUCUUGCUCCUGAAGCUGCUUCUGUUGGAUUAGAAAUCAGAGUUGUUGGUAAUGAUAGUGGUGACAAGGUUUCCAUAUCGCCUGGUACUAUUGUUCGUUUGGAUAGGGGUGCUCCUCAAUAUAAGAAGGAUGGGUAUAAUGACUUUAACACAUUCUAUAUUCAAGCAACAUCUGUGACCAAAGUUGGAUCAAGUGGUUCCCCAGUUAUAGAUUGGCAAGGUAGGGCAGUGGCGCUGCAUGCUGCGGGCAAUGCAUUAAGUACAACGGCAUACUUUUUACCUCUAGAACGAGUUGUGAGGGCAUUAAGGUUUCUUCAAAAGGGGCGUAAAACUUAUGUUAAUAAAUGGAAGCCAGUUUCUAUACCCCGUGGUACACUUCAGGUGAUUUUUCUCCAUAAAUGGUUUUUUGAGACACGUCAGCUUGGCCUCAGAAGUGAGACAGAGCAGAUAGUACGGCAUGCUUCUCCUGCCAGCGAAACUGGAAUGCUUGUUGUGGAAUCUGUGGUGCCCGGUGGUCCUGGCGAUAAACAUUUGGAACCGGGUGAUGUACUUGUUCGUGUCAAUGGUCAGGUCAUUACCCAAUUUUUGAGACUGGAGACUAUACUUGAUGACAAUGUAAACUCAAAUAUUGAACUACAAAUUGAAAGAGGUGGCUCAUCAAAGAGUUUAACUAUAUUGGUACAAGAUUUGCACUCAAUAACUCCCAAUUAUUUCUUGGAAGUCAGUGGAGCAGUAAUCCAUCCUCUUUCAUAUCAGCAGGCUAGAAACUUCCGAUUCAAUUGUGGUCUUGUUUAUGUGGCAGAACCAGGAUAUAUAUUUUUUAAAGCAGGAGUUCCUCGCCAUGCGAUAAUUAAGAAAUUUGCUGGUCAAGAAAUAUCUUGCCUGGAGGAACUAAUUUCAGUUCUGUCUAAGCUAUCAAGGGGUGCUCAAGUGCCAUUGGAGUAUAUAAGCUAUGUGGAUUGUCAUCGAAGGAAGUUGGUGUCGGUGACGGUUGAUCGCCAUGAAUGGUAUGCACCUCCCCAGAUAUACACUCGGGACGACAGUACUGGCCUAUGGAUUGCUACGCCUGCUUUUCAGCCUGAUUCCCUUUUUCUAUCAUCUGCGACUAAAGAUGUUGGAAAUCUGGCCAGUUAUCCAAUUUCACUAACUGGUGAGCCUGCGUGUGGGAGAGAUGUGUCUGAAGGUAACCAUCAGGAGUUGGUUGAUGGUUUCAUUAGCAAGGGAACUAAUUAUGAAGAAACUAAGCUAAAAAAAUCAUCUGCCACAGCAAAUGCAUUGGUCAUUGAACGUGUGGUUAAGUCUACUCUUGUGAUGUUGGAGGUUCAAGUUCCUCCAUCUGGUAUGCUUGAUGGUGUUGUUUCACAGCGCUCUUCUGGAACUGGAGUCAUAAUAUAUCACACUCAAGAUAUGGGAUUAGUUGCAGUUGACAAGAAUACUGUUGCAGUAUCUUGCUCUGAAGUGAUGCUAACUUUUGCUGCUUUCCCAGUUGAAAUUCCUGGAGAGGUGGUAUUUGUCCAUCCUGUUCACAAUUUUGCUCUCGUAUCAUAUAAUCCAUCUGCUUUGGGACCUGCUGGAGCUUCAGCAGUUCGUGCGGCAGAGUUACUUCCAGAGCCGGCAUUAUGUCGAGGAGAUUCUGUUUACCUUGUGGGCUUAAUUACAAGCCUUCAAGCAACUUCUAGGAAAUCAGUUGUUACCAAUUCUUGCAAUUCAUUAACUAUAGCAUCUUCAGGCUACCCACUUUACAGAGCGACCAAUAUGGAAAUUAUUGAGCUUGAUACUGAAAUUGGUAAUUCAUUUUCGGGUGUGCUAACAGAUGAACAUGGAAGGGUUCGAUCUUUAUGGGGAGUCUUCUGUACUCAGAUGAAAUUAGGUGCAGGAUAUUUUCAGUUUUCGAAGGGGAUUCCGAUUUAUGCUAUAAGCCAGGUCCUGGACAAGAUCAUAUCUGGUGGAAAUGGGCCACAUCUUCUCAUAAAUGGUGUCAAAAGACCUAUGCCACAAGUGAGAAUUUUAGAAGUUGAACUUAAACCAAAAUUACUUUCCAAGGCUCGUAGUUUAGGACUAAGUGAUCUUCGCAUUAAGGCACUUGUUAACAAAGACCCAAUAAGACGACAGGUUUUACAAGUUGAGGGUUGUUGGACUGGAUCAAAGGCUGAAAAUCUUUUGGAGCAAGGGGACAUGGUUUUAGCAAUCAAUAAUGAACCAGUCACAUGCUUCCGUGACAUUGAAAAUGCUUGCCAAGCUUUAGAUCAAUCUAAUACCAAUGAUGGCAAGCUUCAGAUGACUAUUUUGCGGCAGGGACGAGAGAUUGAACUUCUUGUGGGAACAGAUGUUAGGGAUGGAAAUGGCACAACUCGUGCAGUUUGUUGGUGUGGUUGUAUAGUUCAAGAUACACAUUUAGCAGUACGUGCUCUUGGAUUUCUUCCAAAAGAGGGUCGCGGUGUAUAUGUGGCAAGGUGCUUUUAUGGGAGUCCUGGACAUAGAUAUGGUCUGUAUGCUGUAAAGUGGGUAGUUGAAAUUAAUGGAAAACCAACUCCAGAUCUAGAUUCUUUUGUUGAUGUUACAAAGGAACUAGAGCAUGCGGAAUUUGUUCGGGUAAGAACAGUUCAACUCAAUGGAAAUCCACAACUCCUGACGAUGAAACCAGAUUUCCACUACUGGCCUACAUGGGAGUUGCGGUUUAAUCCAGAAACAUUAGCAUGGCAUCGUAAUGUCAUAAAGGUACACUAGAGUUCAGAAUUGUAGAACCGAACUGGCUGGGCGAACAAAAUUACAAUGAAUUUUUAACAUCUGCGUCAGUGUCAGUGCCGGUGCCACAUCUUUUGGAAAUGGGAGUGAAAUGAAGAGUCCCUAAUAUGAACUGUUGUAAUGUGUUAAUAUUGGAAGAUCAUUAAUAUUGAAAAAUUUAGUGGGUGGAAACACUUGGUCAACAUGAGUUUGAUUGAUUAAUUAUUAUUUUGACAAAGUUUGAUUGAUUAAUUA